AUGUCGCAAUUGUAUAAUACACUACGCGAUGCUUUAACAGCAAUAAAAGGAAAACCAUCACCCACAGGAAUGCCAUUUGAAGCAGUUUAUACUUACGUAUUAAAUCCAAAAUCAAUUACUAUGGGUCAGUUGUAUGGUGAAUUUGAUAUAUAUACACACGAAUGGACAGAUGGAAUACUACCAUCAAUUGUACGUAUUGGUGCAGCGGCCACAAAUAAUGAUCAACAUUGGUAUAUUUUAGAUGGGCCAGUUGAUGCUGUAUGGAUUGAAAAUAUGAAUACUGUGUUAGAUGAUAAUAAAAAACUUUGUUUAACUAGUGGUGAAAUAAUCAAGUUAACAAAUAAUCAAAAAAUGGUGUUCGAAGUAGCUGAUUUAGCUGUGGCAUCACCAGCAACAGUUUCACGUUGUGGUAUGGUGUAUAUAGAGCCAGCGGUCUUAGGACUUCAACCAUAUCUAAAUUGUUGGUCUAAGCGAACUCCUCCGUUAUUUGAAGAGUAUAAAAAUACAAUGUUAUCUUUGGUAACGUCGUAUCUAUUGCCAGCAGUUGAAUUUCUUCGAACUCAAUUAAAAGAAAUAGUUACAUCAGUUGAUUCAGCUGUUGUUACCUCAUGUUUAAACUUAUUAGAUCUAAGGUUGAGACCUCUAACAUCUAAGGAUGGAGUUCCACCUCCAGAUGCACAAGCUCGAGAGCAUAUGAAAAAUCUUAUGGUUCCAUGGAUAUUAUUUUCAAUCAUAUGGAGUGUUGGAGCAACUUGUGAUAUGAAUUCUCGCAAAAAGUUCAGCGAAUGGAUGCGAAACAAACAAAAAGCCAAUAUAAAGCAUCCUGAUAUUGUACACGGCCCUUUAUUUCCCGCUGCAGGUCUAGUUUAUGAUUACCGACUACAUGAUGGAGGAUUUAACGAUAGAACAGCUGAAGGGGACCUACGUCCACCACAAUGGAUCAAUUGGUUGGCAGAUAUCCCAGAUAUUGAGAUAACAGCGGAAACCAAAUUUGCAGAUAUUGAAGUUCCAACCCUAGAUAAUGUUCGCAAUGCCGAAUUAUUAGAAAUGAUAUUAUGGAAUGAAAAGAAUGUUUUAUGCGUUGGUCCAACCGGCACAGGAAAAACACAAACAAUCGUAUCAAAAUUGAGUAAAAGUAUAAAUAAAAAAUUCGUUUGUGAUUUUAUUAUAUUUUCUGCACGUACAAAUGCACGACAAAUACAGAAUUUAUUGGAUUCAAAAGUUGAAAAACGAAAAAGAGGAGUUUAUGGGCCACCACCAACCAAACGUCAAGUAUUUUUUAUAGAUGAUCUUAAUAUGCCUGCACUAGAAGUAUACGGAGCUCAACCUCCAAUUGAAUUAAUACGACAAUGGAUGGAUUUUGGUGGUUGGUAUGAUUCAAAAGAAGUUGGCGUAUUUAGAGAAAUAAUUGAAUCGAAUUUCGUAGCAGCUAUGGGUCCACCAGGCGGUGGAAGAAAUCCUGUAACAGCACGUUUAUUAAGACAUUUUCAUUAUAUUGCUUUUACAGAAAUGCAACCGGCUAGUGUUUUUAAAAUAUUUAGUACAAUUUUACAAUUUUGGCUAGGACGAACAGCCAGUCAACUACACUCAUAUUUAGCGAAAAUCGUUGAAGCAUCAAUGAAUGUAUAUGAUACAGUGCUUCAAGUAUUAUUGCCGACUCCAGCUAAAACACAUUAUACAUUCAACUUAAGAGAUAUUAGCAAAGUUUUUCAAGGAAUGUUGAUGAGAAAUCCAGAGACAUUAACGGAUCCAUAUGAGCUCUUCAGAUUAUGGUACCAUGAAAAUUGUCGUGUUUAUCAAGAUCGAAUGAUCAAUGAUGAAGAUAGAAAUUGGUUUUCAGAUCAAUUAAAAUCUCGAAUCCAAUCAUAUUUUAGUGCAAAUCCAAGUGAAGCAUUAGGGGACGAUUUAAUUAUUUUCGGUGAAUUUAUGGAUUUUGGUGCUGAAGUACGAAGAUAUUUGCAAGUUAAUGAUUGGGAUAAAGUGAAUGUUGUUUUACUGGAUUAUUUGAAAGAAUAUAAUAAUCAAACUACAAAACCAAUGAAGCUUGUGCUAUUUUUCGAUGCAAUAGCUCAUAUAAGUCGAAUUUCAAGAAUUAUACGACCACCAUUGGGCAAUGCUUUAUUACUUGGAAUGGGUGGUUCUGGUCGUCAAAGUUUAACCCGUUUAGCAGCAUUCAUGUCUGAGUAUAUAUGUUUUCAAAUUGAGCUUAGCAAAGCAUACAGUGCGAAUGAUUGGCGAGAUGAUUUAAAAAAAUGCAUGUUAGGAGCUGGAUUAAUGAAUAAAACUACUGUUUUCUUAUUUUCGGAUACCCAGAUUAAAUCGGAAUCUUUCUUAGAAGACUUAAAUAAUAUCCUAAAUUCUGGCGAUGUGCCAAAUAUAUAUAAACCCGAAGAAUAUGAUAAAAUAUUCAAUGGAAUGAAACAAGCCUGUGUAGAAAUGGAUAUGGUACCCACUAAGACUAACUUAUUCUCCAUUUAUCAAAAAAGUGUAAAAAGUAAUUUGCAUACUGUUAUUACAAUGAGCCCCAUUGGUGAAAUAUUUCGACAAAGAUUGAGACAAUUUCCUGCGUUAGUUAAUUGUUGUACAAUUGAUUGGUUUAGUGCAUGGCCAGACACUGCUUUACAAUCAGUAGCACUCCAAUUUUUAAAAGAAAUCCCCGAUUUAAAUGUAUCAAAAGAAGUAUUAGAUGGUAUUGUUGUAGUGGUCCAGUAUAUGCAUCAAACUGUCGUCACCGCAAGUGAUUUAUUUCUACAAGAGUUAAAUCGUCAUAAUUAUGUAACACCUACAUCAUAUUUGGAACUGUUGAAUGCAUACAUCAUCUUAAUGAGUAAAAAGAAAGGCGAAUUAACAAAAGCUGCAUUAAGAUUGAAAACAGGAAUGGCGAAAUUAGAUAGUACUGGAGAAGAGGUGAAAGAAAUGCAAAUAAAUUUGGGUAUAAUGAAACCACAACUUGAAAUUGCUGUAAAAGAUGCAGCUGUUAUGAUUGAAUUAAUUGCUAAAGAUACGGCUGUAGCAGAAGAAACAAAAUUAGUAGUGGAGAAGGAAGAAGCGAUUGCAAUGGAAAUGGCAGCAAAAACACAAGAAAUUGCAGAUAGCGCACAAAGAGAUUUAGAUGAAGCAUUACCUGAGUUACUGGCUGCAGAAGAAGCAUUAAAACAGCUUAAUAAAAAUGACAUAACUGAAGUAAAAGCAAUGAAACAUCCACCGACAGGUGUUGUGAAAGUAAUGGAAACAGUUUGUAUUAUUGACGACGUGAAACCUAUAAGAAAACCUGGAGAAAAGAUUGGCACAAAAGUAAAUGACUACUGGCCACCUGCACAAGCAUUGCUUUCGGAUCCCCAGAAAUUCUUAGACAAACUUGCGAAAUUUGAUAAAACUCGAUUAACUCAAGUUAAAAUAGAACAAAUAACACCAUAUGUUAAGGAUGCUAAUUUUCAACCAAAAAAAAUGCUAACGAUAUCAAAAGCUUGUACAUCGAUUUGUCAAUGGGUACAUGCUUUGUAUAAAUGGUUUUAUAUUGAUUUGGCGGUGGCACCUAAAAAAGCAGCCUUUAUCGCAGCAAGUGAAGAGCUCCAAAAAGUAUUGGACAAUUUAGCUGAAACGAAAGCGAAUAUGCAAGCUAUUCAAGAUCGAUUGAAAGAUCUGAAUGAUAAACUAGAUGCCAAAAUUAAAUAUCGUCAAGAUCAAGAAGCAGCUAUCCAAUUGUGCCUUGAUCGUAUGGAUAGAGCAGUUAGAUUAAUUAAUGGUCUAGCAGGUGAAAAAGUGCGAUGGAUCCAAACAAUAAAGGAACUCGAAGAAGCGAUAUAUAACAUUACAGGAGACAUUUUAUUAAGUUCGGGAGCUGUGGCAUAUAUAACUCCUUUCACUGAUGUUUAUCGACGAAAAUUACUGAAUCUCUGGCUUGAAGCAAUUACAAUCAAUAAAGUUCCACACACCGCUAAUUGUACACCUGUGAAAGUACUUGGUGAGCCCGUUCAAAUACGUUUAUGGCAACUAGAUGGUUUACCAAAAGAUAAUUUAUCAACUGAAAAUGCUGUACUUAUAAGCGAAUCAAAGCGAUGGCCUUUAUUCAUAGAUCCACAAAGUCAAGCAAAUAAAUGGAUUCGGAAUAUGGGAAAACCAUUAGCGUUGUACGUUGUCAAAUUAACGGAUAGAACAUUUAUUCGGACAUUGGAAUCGGCUAUCCGAUUUGGUAGACCAAUUUUAAUUGAAAAUGUUUACGAUGAAUUAGAUCCAGCAUUAGAUCCAAUUUUAACAAGAUCAGUAUUUAGAUUGGCUGGGCAAGAUGUUAUAAAAUUGGGUGAAGUUGUCAUACCUUGGAAUGAUGAUUUUCGACUAUACAUAACAACUAAAUUACCAAAUCCCCAUUAUUUACCUGAAGUUUCUAUAAAAGUUUUGCUGGUAAACUUUACAUUAGUAAAAAGUGGCCUACAAGAUCAACUAUUAGCUCAGGUUGUAGCUGAAGAAAGAGCAGACUUAGAGGAAGCGCGUAAUACUUUAAUAAUGCAAAAUGCACAAAUGGCCCACGAGUUAAAGGAGAUUCAAGAUCGUAUAUUAUAUAAGUUAAGUUCAUCCGAAGGCUCUCCAGUGGAUGACAUUGAUUUAAUAGUAACAUUAGAAGCAUCCAAAGUUAAAAGCGAUGAUAUUAAGAGUAAAGUUGUCAUUGUUGAAACAACUCAAAAAGAUAUUGAUACUACCAGAGAAUUGUAUGUUCCUGUUGCCAAUCGUGGUUCAAUUUUAUUCUUUUGCUGUGCAGAUUUAGCGCUUAUUGAUAGUAUGUACCAGUAUUCUCUAGAAUGGUUUAAAACUUUGUUUGCAGCUAGUAUGAACAAUACUGAACCUUCAGAUAAUAUUGAAGAAAGAAUUGAAACAAUAAACAAUUAUUUUACAUUCAGUUUGUAUACAAAUGUUUGUAGAAGUUUGUUUGAACGUAACAAAUUACAUUUUGCAUUUUUAUUGUGCGCACGAAUAUUGAUGGAUGAAAAUAAAAUUCACCCGCUUGAAUGGCGUUAUUUAUUAUCACCAGCAAGCGUUUCAAAAGCUCCUAAACCUAAUCCAGCCUCUAAAUGGCUAGAGGAGCGAGCAUGGAAUGAAAUAUUAGCCUUAGAAGAAUUACCAAGAUUUAAAACAUUUGUUGAAGAUUUUGAGACUCUAUUACCAUUUUUUUAUGAGAUGUUCAAUUCCAGAACUCCACAUACUAUGACUUACCCUACACCGUGGGAAACAGACCUAGAUCCAUUUCAAAAAAUGUGUAUUUUAAAAUGUAUUCGCCCUGAAAAUGUUACAAAUGCAAUGCAAAUCUAUAUAGCAGAAAAUAUGGGUAACCGUUUUAUAGAACCACAAACAACUGAUCUAUCAGCUAUGUAUGGAGAUUCAACACCAGUUACACCACUCAUUUUUAUUUUAUCAACGGGUACUGAUCCUGCUGCUGAAUUAUACAAAUUUGCAGCAAGAAUGAAAAUGUCUAAGCGUUUAUUAUCAAUUUCCUUGGGCCAAGGUCAAGGACCACAUGCUGAAGAAAUGCUACAAGAUGCUCAAAUGAGUGGAAAUUGGGUUUUCUUUCAGAAUUGCCAUUUAGCACCAAGUUGGAUGCCAUAUUUGGAACGUUUAAUUGAAGAAUUAAAUGUCGAUCAAGUUCACAAAGAUAUGCGUAUUUGGUUAACAUCAACACCAUCACCAAAUUUUCCUGUAGCAAUAUUACAAAACGGAAGUAAAAUGACACUAGAACCACCACGUGGAAUAAAAGCAAAUUUAUUAAAACUCUAUUCGGGAAUAGUACAAGAAUAUUACGAUUUCUUUUACUGUGAUGAUCCUAAAGUACCAUCUUUCAAACAGCUAUUAUUUUCAAUAUGCUUAUUUCAUGGUAUUAUCUUGGAACGACGUAAAUUUGGUGCCCUAGGAUUUAAUAUUCCUUACGAGUUUACGGAUGGUGAUGUACAAAUUUGUAUAUCUCAAUUGAAUAUGUUUCUGGUUGAAUAUGACGAUGUACCAUUCAAAGUGUUGACAUACACUGCGGGAGAAAUUAAUUAUGGUGGAAGAGUCACUGAUGAUUGGGAUCGUCGAUGUUUAAUGAAUAUUCUUGAUGACUUUUAUAACACAUCGGUUUUAUCUCCUGAAUAUAUAUUCGACAAGGAUAAAUAUUACUAUCAGGUACCUAAUUUUGAAAAAGAAAAUUAUAUUGAAUAUAUCAAAACCUUGCCAAUUAAUGAUGAUCCUGACUUAUUUGGUUUACAUCCAAAUGCAGACAUUACUUAUGCCCGUGCAAAUACAUAUCAAUGUUUGUCAACUUUACUUGCAUUACAACCACGUGAAGCUGUAAGCGCUGGAGAAAGUAUUGAAGAUGUUACACAAAAAUUAGCAAAUUCGAUUUUAAAAGAUUUACCUAAAACGAUGGAUCAUGCACAUGUCAUGCAAAAAUAUCCAGUAAUGUAUGAAGAAUCAUUAAAUACUGUAUUAGGACAGGAAGUUCUUCGUUACAACAGACUUCUAGCUAUAAUUAAGGACUCGUUACAAAAUUUAAUCAAAGCCAUAAAAGGGUUAGUAGUAAUGUCAGAUGCUUUAGAAAACUUAUCAAGAGCCUUAUUUACGAAUGCAAUUCCAGACACUUGGAAGGCAAGAGCAUAUCCAUCGCUACAGCCAUUAGGUGCAUGGAUAAAGGACCUUGGUGAAAGAGUUGCUUUCAUGAAAAGAUGGAUUGAAGAUGGUAUACCUGCAGCAUUUUGGAUCUCUGGUUUCUUUUUCCCUCAAGCUUUUCUUACCGGAACGCUUCAAAAUUAUGCAAGAAAAAAUAUAAUUUCUAUUGAUACAAUCGGCUAUAAAUUCCAGGUUCUUAGUGAAAUACCAACCAUUCGAAUGGAAGAUGGAUGUGGUGUUUAUGGCUUAUAUUUAGAAGGUGCGAAAUUUGACACAAAAGAAGGCAUAUUGGCAGAAUCUAAACCAAAAGAAUUAUAUUCAGAAAUGCCUUGUAUGUGGUUUAUCCCUGAAGUAAAUCAUGUAGUACCUCCAGGAGUUUAUGAAUGUCCAGUAUAUAAGACAUUACUUAGACAAGGAACAUUAUCAACAACUGGCCAUUCAACUAAUUAUGUUAUGGUCAUUGAGGUUCCCAGUAAAAAAUCACAAAAACAUUGGAUUAAACGAGGUGUUGCACUAUUUUGUGCUCUUGACUUUUAA